CUAACCGUCAAAUCGGCAAAUUAAGUCCUGAAAAGGAACGAUGCACUGCAAAGGCUAUUGUCUUGGCACCUACGCCACUGCCCUGUUGCUAACAUCAGCUCUCACUGUUCAUUGUGCUACACGGGCUGCAACAUGGAUAUCUUAUCAAUCUCGACCUGAUAUACAUGCACCAUUACUCCACGUGAGCAUAAAAGACCAAGAGACUGUGACCCCAGGGCUCCUCUUCUUGGCGCCCUAUCGAACAGAGCUCCCAGGCCCAUUUAUUUACGACAUGAAUGGGGAGCUCGUAUGGAGUGGCUCAAGUGGUUCGACUACCGAUCUAUUUCAUGAUCUUCGAGUCUGUUCAUAUGCAAAUUCCGAUCACCUCUGUUACUUCCGAGGAACCCAAAUUGGAGGGUACGCCCGAGGGAGUAAUAUAUUCCUCAAUAGCUCUUAUGAGCUUGCUGCCACCGUGCGGAGCGCGGGGAAUCUGGAGAUGAGCGACAUGCAUGAGCUGAAGAUUUUUGAGGGGAACAAAGUCCUUAUUACCAUAUACCAACCAAAGCAAUAUGAUCUUGUAUCGUACGGCAUUCCGGCUGGUACAGGAUGGGUCAUGGACGGAAUCUUUCAAGAGAUCAAUAUCACCAACGGGGAGGUUCUUUUCCAAUGGGCGUCAUUGGAUCACGUACCUCCAUCCGAAACUUAUGUUCCCCUUAACCUCAACCCAGUUGUGGGUAGCGGGCUGAGUAAUACCACCCCUUGGGACUAUUUCCAUAUCAACUCGGUGGAUAAGUCCGAUGAGGGUGAUUACCUGAUCUCAUCUAGACAUACCAGCUCUAUCUACAAAGUUUCAGGUCAUGAUGGGUCUUUAAUCUGGCGGCUAGGGGGCAAGCAAUCUUCGUUCACAUUGAUUGACUAUAAUUUCUCAUCGCAGCAUGACGCACGCUUCCUAAAGAUGAAUGACACACACACGGUUUUAUCAUUUUUUGAUAAUGGAAGCGAUGACUACCGAAACACAUCAUCUACAUCAGCCGGGAUGAUUGUAUCUCUUGAUCAUCAAACGAACACUUCAAUCGUUCUGAAGCGUUUUGAGGCGCCGGGAAUGGGCUUACAUUCAUCUAGCCAGGGGAACACGCAAGUUCUUCCUAAUGGGAAUGUGUUUAUUGGAUGGGGAUCAAAUGCAUCUGUUUCCGAGCAUACUGCAGAUGGAUCAGUUGUUUAUUUCGCCAAUUUCCAAGACAAGAAUGCAAUGAACUAUCGUGCAUUCAAAGGGGACUGGAAAGCAACACCAUCUGCACCUCCAAACCUGUUUGCUCAAGCAUCUUCAUCGAACUCCCCAGUCACUCUUUGGGCAAGUUGGAACGGAGCGACUGAAUACAACAGCUGGAACUUCUACGGGAGCAAUACUGAAUCUGGUCCAAUGCAAUUGCUGGGCUCUGCUCCUAAGCAAGGCUUCCAGACAACAUUUACAACUCCCAAAUUCUAUUCCCAUGCAAUAGCAGAGGCGGUUGCAGUGGAUGGAAUCAGAGUAAGGAACACUACUGUGGCUGCUGUGAAACUACCAUAAUCUAGCAAGAAAGGUUGAUCCUUCAACUAUAAGUCUUUA